CCUGGUUUUUAGCGCACACGUGAGCCAUUAUCUGGCCAUUUGUUGCAAUUCGAGGCUGUAAGGGGACCCGUUGCUUCUCUUAGACGUUCGCGCGAACAGUGCGAGCAGCAGCGACCGCAGCCAAAGCAGCGCCCCAGCAGGGUCAAUAAUCUACAUCCUGCUGCGGCCGAAACGCUGGGCUGUGAUCGCACGCCGUCGCCGCAGAUCUGCAAGAAAAUACACCGCGGCCAAUAUCGCGCCGACAAAUAUACAAAGAGGCCGCGGUAACGAGCCAUGCAGCAGAUCGCCUACUUCGUGCCCCUCUUUCUAUUAGUUUUUGGACUGAGCGCGUCCGUCGACGUGCGCCAGGCCUGGGUCGAGCGGAAAAGGUUUGGGAGAGGCGUUGUUUGUGGCCUGCUGUGCCAAUUCGUGUUAUUGCCGUUCCUCGGGUUUUGCGUGGUGAAGAUCUUUGAUCUGGGCGAGGUUUAUGGCGUCACUUUAUUAGUUGUGACGUCGUCGCCCGGCGGCUCCUACAGCAACUGGUGGUGCUCGCUCUUAAACGCGGACCUGGCGCUGAGCGUGGCCAUGACGACGGCCUCGACCAUUUUAUCUCUCGGAUUACUUCCACUCAAUUUGAUUAUUUGGGUCACGGCGGCCUAUGGUACUAGAGCCGACAGGCAUCUGCGGUGGAGCGGCUUGUUUCUCUCCAUCGGUGUCGUAUUAGCAGCUAUUUUGUUAGGAUUGGCCGCCGGCGUGGCCUUCGGCUCGGCCGAGGAACCCGUGGGGGACGCUCCCAGGAAACAGAAGAGUAGUAAAGGUACAAAAGCCAGAGCCUUCUUCAACGCGCUCGGCCAGUUGUCUGGCGUAGCUUUAAUAGCCGUCGCGUUUUUGGUAUCGUCGCGCGACGAGCCGGUCUGGGACAAGCACGCGGGCUUUUAUGUGGCGGUAGCUUUACCUUGUCUGGUGGGCCUGGCGUUAUCAACAGUACUCGCGGCGGCGGCUUCAUUAACAAAGCCGGCGCGGGCGACCGUCGCUGUGGAAUGUGCUUAUCAGAAUCCUGGUAUCGCGACGGUCGUGGCGCUGUCGAUGUUUGAUGGAGAUAAAGCGUCGCGCGCCGUCGGCGUGCCGUUGUAUUAUGGGUUCAUCGAGGCCGUGUUUAUUGGUCUGUAUUUGGUUGGAAUGUGGAAGGCGGGCUGGUUGCUGGCGCCGCCGGACGCGUCUGUUCACUCGGUGUUAUUGUGGAACUGGCAGGAGAAGGGCAGGGAGGAGGUGGAGGGCGACGCGGAGUCGGCCGCCACGGAGUCGGCCGUCGUCGUUGACGAGACGCCGCCGCCGUCGUCGAGAUGA